AUGGCGCGCGAGGACGCGCGAGGACGCGUGGGCGCGGCCGCGGCGUCGUCGGGACGCGCGGGAACGAACGCGCGCGACGGCGCGGAGGCGCGCGGGACGGCGACGCUGACGGUGGACGUGGAGACGGCGGAGACGGAGGCGGAGGCGCGAGAGCGCGUGCGGUUCUUCGAACUCUGCGCGCCGAGCGCGCUCGGGACGUGGACGGACGAGCGGACGUGCGUGGUGGACGUGCGGGGAGGGAUCGCGGCGCUGCAGGGGACGGGCGCGGAGCUGAUCGCGUACCUUCGCGAUCGGCUCGGGGUGAUCAUGGAGGUGGACGCCGAGCGGGAGCGCGUGCUGAUUAAUCACGAAAUUCACAACGUCGUCAUCGAGGCUGCGCGGAUUUUGCACUUACAGAUCGAGCAGGCGAAGAUGGUGACGAUAGCCCCGACGAAUGGCGACGAGGCGGCGACGCCGACGCCGAAGAUGGGGCUCUCGUCCUCCGUCGACGACGACGCGGUGAUGCAAGAGGUGCUCGGCGACAUCGAACCCGAAGAACUCGAAGAGUUGCGUCGACAGCUCGAGAGCAAACGCGCGACGAGACAGCGAUUGAUCGAGACGCUCGGCGAACCGCGAGUGACGUGUCACUUACAACCCGUCGAGUUGACGAGCACGCUCGUGCGCGUGCGGUUGCCUCGAACGAGGUCGUUCACGGGCGACGAUCCGCUGUACGGUGUAGGCGUCGCGCUUCGCGCGGUGGCGUCGACGACGCAAGACGGUGAGCCCACGUGGAUUUUUCAGUGCGACAUGGGCGGGUCCAAACUCCACGAAACUGAUAUUAUGUAUAUUUCCAACAACGCCAUCUCGGUUCCCGAAGUUUGCCGACUCGUAUCGGGACACAAACGGCGCAGCGUGGACAAACCACGUGACGUGAUGGACGAAUUUUUGCCGAGUUGUCGCACUGAUGUGACGCAGUCUUCUGCGGCUUGA